AUGGACUUUGUGAAGCUUGCCAAACAGGGCAGUGCACUAUCUCGAGAAUAUAAGUCCCUCAUAAGGGAAAAGGAGGAAAAUGCCAUGCGGGAGCGCCUCGCCGCUGUCACGAUACAGAAGUGCUACAGAGGCUAUUUGACCAGGCGGACUUACCUUGUUUAUAAGCACUUUCUGAAACGCACGAAGAACGCCAUAGAUAUUUUGGCGUGCAAGUUUUUGCUCAGAAAAUUGAAGCAGCAAAGGCUGGAGCAGCAAGCCGUAUUGUACCUGUCGGACAAUGCCACCAAGAUACAGAAGGUCUUCAGGGGGUACUACUCCAGGAAAUACAUUCACGACUUCUUUAGGCGGAAGAGGGAAAUACUCGAAAUGGAUGCACACGUAAAGGCGCAGAAGGGAAUUAUGCUUCAGGGGAUUGAGGAAAAGAGGAAAAAACAGUUGAUACACGACAACAAAGUGAAGGACACGAAAAUACAUAACGCUGCGAAAAAUCUGCACCACCUGGUGUCAACCAAGGCACAGAGGGGGGUCUAUAAUUACAGGAUCGAAAAUAUCAUACGGGAGCAGCAAGAAAAAAUCAAAAACAGCAGCGAAAAAAAGAAAAAAAUAAAUCUACUAAACAAAAAGAAGUAG